GUAGUUAGCCGUGAGCGAGUGUGUCGCAUUCAACGUAAAGAUAUUGAAAUCUGGAAGACAGUAACAUGACGGCGGAGGCGCGGGGCGGAGACCCCCAGCAGCUGCAGCUGCAGCUGGGCCCGCGCGUGGUCGUCAUCGCCGACCUGGACGACGACAGCGACAGCUCGCCCUCCGAGGAGGAGCAGCCCCGGUGGACGGCCGCCGCCAGGAGCACGCAGCUGCCCGCCGAGUACUGGAACAUACAGAAGCUCGUGCGCUACAUGAAGGCGGGCAACCAGACGGCCACCGUCCUGGCGCUGUGCUGCCUCAAGGACCACGACCUGACCACGGAGGUCAACCAGAUGGCCAUCCGCGACAUCGGCGGGCUGGAAGUGCUGGUCAACCUGCUGGAGACCAACGACCCCAAGUGCAUGCUGGGCGCGCUGUCCGUGCUGAGCGAGGUGUCGGACAACGCGGAGGUGCGGCGCGGAGUCACGGACCUCGGCGGGGUGCCCCUGCUGGUGGGCAUGCUGUCCCUGCCGUCUCGCGACCUGCAGCUGCUGGCGGCGCAGACCAUCGCCCACGUGGCGCGCGUGCGCAAGGCGCGCAAGUACGUGCGCCGGUUCGGCGGCAUCCCCAAGCUGGUGGACCUGCUGGACGUGCGGCGCGCGGCGCUGGUCACGCCAGUGGACGAGCUGCAGCCCGACGACCGGCCCCAGGUGCUGGUGGCGCGCGCUGGCGCCCAGGCGCUGUGGUCCCUGUCGCAGUCGGCGCGCAACCGCGACGCCAUGCGGCGGGCGGGAGUCAUGCGGCUGCUGGCGGCACUCAUCCAGUCCGUGCACCUGGACGUGGUGGUGCCCAUCAUGGGCACGCUGCAGCAGUGUGCCUCCGAGAGCAAGUACCAACUCGGGAUCCGAACUGAGGGCAUGAUUCCGGAUCUGGUGCGCCACCUCAGCACCGACAACAUGGAGCUGAAGAAACACUGUGCAUCCGCCAUAUUCAAGUGCGCGGAGGACGAGCAGACCAGGGCGCUGGUGCGGCAGAGCGGGGGGCUGGACCCCCUGGUGGCGCUGGCCAAGAGCCCGGCGGCGGCGGCUGACAAGCCCCUGCUGGCCGCGGUGACGGGCGCCAUCUGGAAGUGCGCGCGCUGUCCGGACAACGUGCGGCGCCUGGACGAGCUGGGGGCCGUAUCCGCCCUGGUGGCCCUGCUGGCCGACGAGAGCGAGGAGGUGCUGACGAACGUGGUGGGCGCUCUGGCCGAGUGCUGCAAGUUCCCCGACAACCGCGCGGCGCUGCUGUCGCACGACGGCAUACCGCCGCUGGUGGCCCUGCUGAACGGCACGAACCCGGCGCUCCUGCGCAACGUGGCGCUGGUGCUGGGCGAGUGCUCGCACGAGAUGGACUCCAUCGAGGUGAUCGACAAGCUGGACGGCAUCCGGCUGCUCUGGUCGCUGCUCAAGAACCCGGACACCGAGGUGCAGGCCAAUGCUGCCUGGGCGCUCUGCCCCUGCAUACAGAAUGCCAAGAACGCCGGCGAGAUGGUGCGCAGCUUCGUGGGCGGCCUGGAGCUGAUCGUCAGCCUGCUCGGCUCGGACGACACCCGGGUGCUGGCCUGCGUGUCGGCCGCCAUCGCCGUGAUCGCCCUGGACCGGGAGAACCUGGCCGUCGUCACCGACCACGGCAUGGUGCCCAUGCUGGCGCGACUCGUGCUCACGGACGAGGACCGACUGAGGCAGCACCUGGCCGAGGCCAUCGCCAACUGCUGCGGCUGGAAGGACAACUGCCGCGAGCUGGGUCGCCUGGGAGCCAUCCCGCCGCUCGUCAGCUACAUGACGUCGCGCGACGGAGGUGUGCACCGCGCCACUGCGCGCGCGCUCUUCCAGCUGUCGGCCGACCCCUUCAACUGCACGGCCAUGCACCGCAGCGGCGUCGUCAAGUACCUGCUGGAAACUAUAGGCUCUCCGGACGAGAAGCUCCAAGAGGCGUCCGCGGGCUGUCUCAGCAACAUCCGCAAACUGGCGCUCUCCGCGGACAGGUUCAAGUACAGCGCGUAGCGCGCGCCCUGAUUGGCUGGACUGGUCCGCGAAGUCCCCGAGAGCAACGCAGCGUCGUGAACGACCGAGGAAAAAAAAUAUAUAUUUAUUCGGCGCUCCGCAUCAAGCACUGUUUCAUCAAACACUCGUGUGAUAAGUCUACCCCGCUUCUGUAUUAAAAAAAAAAAAAAUUAAAUGCCGACACACAGAUAAA